GCUCACCGAGGUUUCCUGGGCCCGAACCCUUUCCAACAAGUGCUAAGAAAUAGAAUAGCCUCUCGGUUUUGAGCUAAACCUCCAUACUCGUUACUUGGCAACCAUGUCUUCAGAGCGCCGAGACGACGUUUGCAGAUGCGACGACGGUGAAGAACAGAAUCCCGAAGACUCAGAACAUCAAGGCGCCGUCGUUGCAGGUGGAUCGGCUGUCCUGGGAGCAAGCGUAGGGGCGGCCGCGGCACCAGCAGCUGCUCAGGGCAUCCUUGGGUUAAUAGGAUUUGGUAGUCAAGGGGUAGUAGCAGGCUCCAUGGCUGCCGGAAUUCAGAGUGGAAUCGGGAACGUCGCAGCUGGCUCCGCGUUUGCGGUGGCCCAGAGCGUAGGCGCUGGUGGCGCACUACCAUUCUUAGGAAUCGUCGCUGGAGCUGCGUCCGGUGGGCUCGCUGUGGCUGGGAUCGGGUACGGUAUCUACAGUCUGAUCAAGGGGGUACAGGAUAGAGGAAGAGAAGAGGAAGAGAAGGACAGCGUUGUAUUAUGUGAGAAAUGUGGAAAGCCCAAAAGAAAGGAGUGACGCGGGGAUGAUUGUAGGCCGGGCCAUGUCUUGGGCAGAUGACUGUCCAGCUCUUUCAUGAAAGCACGCUUGAACUAUGCAUACAAUCG